AUGGUCCAUCCUCCCGAGCCCGAGAUUGUCCUGUAUGAUCUGGCCUGCACCAAGAACGCCUGUUUCUCUCCGGCGGUCUGGCGCAUCCGCCUCAUGCUCAACUACAAACGGAUCCCAUACAGAACCAUAUUCCUCGAGUUUCCAGACAUUGAGCCAACGCUGAAAGGACUCGGCCUAGAAACCCAGACCAAAUACACGGUCCCCGCCAUCCAUCAUGUGGCGACCAACACGUAUAUGAUUGACUCGAUCCCUAUCGCGCAAUUCCUCGAGUCAACCUAUCCCGAUCCACCCGUGCAGCUGACGUCUGAGCUCGGUCGCGAGAUCGAAGCUCAAGCCAGCGCUGUGGUCGGCACAGUCUUACGUACCUCACUGUUGCCCCGCGAGAUAGGCAUCCUCUCGCCUCGCGCGCAGGAGUACUUCCGACGAACUCGCGAGGAAUCGCUUGGACACCCGCUUGAGAAGCUACUGGACAAAGAAGAGGACAAUUGGAACGCUUUAGAUGACCGGAUCCGUGCCGUGGGCGAAUUAAUGCUGACAAAUAAGGCAGAGGGGCCAUUUGUGCUGGGAGCCCACCCAAUCUAUACCGACUUCUUCAUUGCGGGAACUCUUCAGUGUGCGCGGAUGGUGGACGAAGGUGUGUUUCAGAGGAUCAUCAAGUACCCCGGCUAUGGGGAGAUUUAUGAGGCGUGCUUGCCCUACAUGGAGAAGAGGGAUUAA